AUGCAUUCGCAUGAACGAGUUCAAGCAGCAUCAAAGUCGGAGCUCGAGAAGCCUUGCGAGGAACGAAGCGAGAAAAUUUGCGAGGAGCGAAUCGAGAAACCUUGCGAGGAGCGAAUCGAGUCGUCACUCACGGCCGUGAACUCCAACACAUCCACCACCCCCUAUGUCGUCAACAGCAACAGCAACAGCAACGACAACGACAACAACAAGCCCGUCGUCUGCGAUGGUCUACCUGCACGUUCAUAUGCUGACCGUAUACUCAAGGCAUUUUUCAGAAAGAGCAGAGUUCUCUUGACUAGACGGUCUAUUGCUCGACUUCUUUCAACCUUCAUUCUCUCAAUUCUCAUUGUAAUCCGUCCUGUCUCGAAGUACGGAGGAGUUGACACUGCUUUUGUUGCCCUCACUAUCAAGGAGCUUGUGUUCUCUCCACAAGAGACACUUGCUCAACAGUUCGAGUUCUUUAUUUUGCAUCUCAUAGGGGGUAUGGUGGCAAUUGCCCUCUCAAUCUUGGCCUUGUUCCUUUCGUCACUCUGUCCACCCGACAGCGCUGGAGCAAGAGCCAUCCCUGCCAUCUUCUUAGCCCUUACUUCUUUUAGCGGUGCCGCUUGGAGAAGUUCUCUUCCCCGACUUACCCUUGCAAGCCGAUUUGCUAGUCUUGUUCACAUAUGGCUCCUUACUACAAAUGCAGGUCAACCAGACAACUACUUACUUAGAGCAAGGGAUUUUGUUUGGUUGAUCUCCAUCGCCGCUUUAUCGGCAUUGGUUGCUUGCUUCCUCGUUUUACGAUGGUCCUCUGCGCAACUUGCCCACGAUGUAGCGGAAUCCUUGCAUUCGUUACAUCAAUCUCUUCAAGCCCAUCUAGACCCCACGUCCGAUCCUGAUGUCGUGACACGCCUUCACCAGAAGUUGCUCAAGCAAACUGUCGCUCUAGGUGCAACUUAUCAUCAGGCAUCGUUUGAGGUACGGAUUGGCCGAAUUGCAGUGAAAACGAUCAAGCCGCUCAUAGGGACCGUAGAGCAUCUUCGGCGUGGAAUAUCCUGGGGAACAGCUAUUCCAAAGUUAUAUGCUGACCCCAGGCACGGUUUCGAUUUUCCUGACCUCGUAUUAAACCUUGGCAACGCAAUUCUUCACUCGCUUCACGUUGUCCGAUUGGUCGUUUUGAAGUGUUACGAUGUACCCUGCCCACACAGUGGUCGUCCUGUGAACGUCCCAGAUGACGCUCUCUUGGAGGCUCACGACCGACUCACGAAUGCACUCAAGCGAGCAGAAGCUGAACUCGAUGCGUUCGGCAAGGAAUUUGGCAUUCCCAACAGUAAAACGUCUGAUGGUGGUGGCAUGGCCGACCUACCGGCCAGCCUCUGUCUCGUUGCGACAUCCCUUUUGCAGAUGGCCCACGAAUGUAUGCACGCGCUGAAACUCGUUCGAAAGAUAUCAGACCACCACGCCAAUUCUAAGCCGAAACUUUGGUAUCCCCACUUUACCACGGCAUGGCUUGGAGCUGCUCCAAAUGCCAUUCUGUUGGAAGAACGUGGACCACCACCUGAAGAUACCCAUAGCCAAAAGCUCCAUCUCUCGAUUGAGGAAACUAAAGAGGGUUUGUUGGAACGAGACGACCUGCAUGACGAGAAAGGGCGCCAUUUCUACAUUCUCCCUGCUUUGAAGGGCAGAAGACUGUCUUUGACGUGGUUCCGGUCUCUUUUCGCGUAUCUCUGGAGGCAUCCCCGCACCAUGGCGUUCAGGCUCAAGUUAUCGAGGACUGUGGAUACGAUAGGGCAUUCAAACCACUUGAAGUAUGCAUUGAAGAAUGCUGUCGGUGUUUCUCUCCUGUCUCUUCCUGCUUUCUUGCCAAGCCAUAGCUCAGCACGCCAUUGGUGGCAGGACUGGCAUGGUCAAUGGAUGGUUAUAUCGUUUAUCCUGGUCAUUGAUACCAAUCAAGGCUCUACGUGGCGUGUUGGGUAUUUGCGAUUUUCCGGGACGAUAUUGGGCGCCGUCUACGCUUACAUUACCGUGUUAAUUUCUCGCCAUAAUCCAUAUGGAAUCGUCGCUUUAGUCACAUUAGCAGAAAUUCCUAUGAGCUGGAUUGUAACUCAAUCAACUUUCCCUUCGAUGGGAACUGUGGCGAACAUCACUGGGUUUCCUAUCAUCUUUACCGGCUACUUUACUCCGAAUGCUACCAGUGCAAUUGGACUAGCUGGGCUUAGUGCUCUCAUGAUCUUGCUUGGUAUAGUCGCAGCCUUGGUUUUGAACAGCGCUGUGUAUCCACGCAUGUGUAGGGUCAUGUUCUUGCAAAACGCGUGCCAGGCUGUCGGUUUUCUUACCCAGCUCUACACUAGUAUUAGUCGGGACCUGUUCCAGCAUACGGGCCAUUCGGACAUGAUUGAGCGGAAGAGGCGACUCGGAGUUGAAUGGAAUAUCAGACAAACGCUUCACCGAAUGUCCAUCCUGGCUGCCACGAUGAACGAUGAACUUAGCUUGGCCCCCAAACCCAUGCGACGUUACCGGGAAGUCAUGGCCACUCUUCAUCGGCUGUUGGACUAUUUAAUCGGUUUGCGGACAGUUCGAGAACACAUACCUCGUAAGCAAACCGUCACAGCGGUAGCCUGUGAGCGACGUGAAGUCGUUUCUUGCGUCUGUGUCUCUCUUUUCGCCUGUGAACAGGUGUUUUCGGCGAGACAGCCACUCCCACAAUUCCUUCCCUCGUCAAGACAGGCAUUGAUGAGAUUGCAUGACCGAGUUAGCCCACGUAUCAAGAACAUCAGAGGGGAACACCGCCAUCGUCCUGGCUUGGCUGUGGUUUAUACAUUGGCCGAAGCAAGUUUGAGCGCGGAUGUUGUGGCUACAGUUGAAGAGUUGCUGGAUCUGUGCCGACAGUUAUUUGGGACUACUUCGUGGUUGGAUGAACACCCGGGAUUGGAUUUGACCACGAUGAUCAGUGCACAUGAGGAGGUUGGUACACUGUUGACGGAGAAAGCCAGGGAACACCAAAAGGCACACGAACGCCAUUGAGAUAGGUCACUCCAUGGCUAAGGCCCCGGAUGAAAGAGCCGUAAAGGAACGAAAAAUACGAUAAGAAUACAUGGCCAUCACAUCUUUACUUGCAAAAUUGCCAUAUAUACCACCAGACUACUGCGCACAUAGAUGUACUGUUACUUGUACUAAUUUAUUGUACUAUUAGGAGGAUUGAGCGUAAUGCUAAUACUUUG